CUCCGAUUGUUUUUCCGCCGUCGAAGGUUAAACACUCGAAACGAUCUUCUGAAACUUUCGGAGAAUGGAGAUUCAAAAGCCUGAGGUAGCGAAGAAUCCAGAAAUUGAAGAUACAAUCGAAUUAACCCAGCAAAGGAGACACGACGAAGUAGAAGAUUGCGACGAGCAACAACAUAAGCAGCAUCAAGCUGAAGAAGAUGAGGAAGACGAAUUGCGAAAGCUUCUGCUUUCAGAUAUUGGAGAGCUUCCGAUUUCUCCUCCUUCAGCUACACAAGUCAAUUUCGUUUCUUACUUCAUUACAGAUUUUACGAAAUCGGGUCAUGAUCAAUAUAUUUACCGUCACGCAAAUGGUUUGUGUGUAAUUGGAUUGGCUCCUACGCAUAUAGCUUUUAAGGAUGAAGGUGGAAUCACUAACGUCGAUUUCAAUGUCGGUAAGUCUGAUCGUAGCGUCUUGAAAGUCUCCGGCAAGCGUAAAAAGAAUGCGUUGCGCUCUGAAUCGAAUACAGCAUUGUGCAAAGUUUCCACUGCAAAAGAUUCCUACAUUGUGAGGUGCUGCGUUAAAGGCUCUCUCUUGGAGGUCAACGAGAGAUUAAUUAGGCAACCAGAGCUUCUUAAUUCAUCGGCUGACCGGGAAGGGUAUAUUGCGAUAAUCAUGCCAAGACCUGCAGAUUGGACCAAAAACAAGGAAUCACUGAUAACUCUGGAGGAAUAUAAACAAAAGAAAGAAAUUCCUUUAUGAUAGUCUGCCGAAACUUUGGAACCGUGUUUGCUCUGAAGCUGAUGCCGAUGAUGAUUAGGGCCAUUAGGCUUAAGUCAGAUUAGGUUGAGUAUUUUGAAGCUCUUUUGCGGUCUAAUCUGUUGAAGGUCUACAAUAUUUUGACUGUUGUGUUGUGUUUUGGCUGACAAAACAAUUUUGGGUCUAAUGUUCUUCAUGAAACCUUUUUACUUUCCUGUACCAGAAAACACGAGAUUACCAAAUAUAUUUUGAUUUUAGAA